AUGGCUGUCGAUACCGAGACACAGAUGGCUGUCAAUACCGAGACCUCGCUCUGUAUAGCUCGAGCUCUCGUUACCAAGGUAUCGGUAGCUCUCGUUACCGAGGUAUCGGUAGCUCUCGUUACCGAGGUAUCGGUAGCUCUCGUUACCGAGGUAUCGGUAGCUCUCGUUACCGAGGUAUCGGUAGCUCUCGUUACCGAGGUAUCGGUAGCUCUCGUUACCGAGGUAUCGGUAGCUCUCGUUACAGAGGUAUCGGUAGCUCUCGUUACAGAGGUAUCGGUAGCUCUCGUUACCGAGGUAUCGGUAGCUCUCGUUACCGAGGUAUCGGUAGCUCUCGUUACCGAGGUAUCGGUAGCUCUCGUUACCGAGGUAUCGGUAGCUCUCGUUACCGAGGUAUCGGUAGCUCUCGUUACCGAGGUAUCGGUAGCUCUCGUUACCGAGGUAUCGGUAGCUCUCGUUACCGAGGUAUCGGUAGCUCUCGUUACCGAGGUAUCGGUAGCUCUCGUUACCGAGGUAUCGGUAGCUCUCGUUACCGAGGUAUCGGUAGCUCUCGUUACCGAGGUAUCGGUAGCUCUCGUUACCGAGGUAUCGGUAGCUCUCGUUACCGAGGUAUCGGUAGCUCUCGUUACCGAGGUAUCGGUAGCUCUCGUUACCGAGGUAUCGGUAGCUCUCGUUACCGAGGUAUCGGUAGCUCUCGUUACCGAGGUAUCGGUAGCUCUCGUUACCGAGGUAUCGGUAGCUCUCGUUACCGAGGUAUCGGUAGCUCUCGUUACCGAGGUAUCGGUAGCUCUCGUUACCGAGGUAUCGGUAGCUCUCGUUACCGAGGUAUCGGUAGCUCUCGUUACCGAGGUAUCGGUAGCUCUCGUUACCGAGGUAUCGGUAGCUCUCGUUACCGAGGUAUCGGUAGCUCUCGUUACCGAGGUAUCGGUAGCUCUCGUUACCGAGGUAUCGGUAGCUCUCGUUACCGAGGUAUCGGUAGCUCUCAUUAGUGAGAGCUAUCUAGCUAUCUAUCUCUUAUGGACAAAUGCAUGCCCCAAAUUUGAGGUUAUAGCUUUAUAGAUAAAAUUUCAAACCAUCACAUUUCACUUGCCAAAGAUUGUUGCCCCCUUCCCCCAAAAUAAAAUUCUGGAUUGCAAAAAUAAAAAAAGCACAAUAUACAAAAAGUCUUAAUUUGAUGUAGAAUUAACAUUACUUCUGGAUAAUGUUGCUAUUGGCAAGUACAUAUGUCAGUAAGGGCAGGGAUACUAAUAAAAUUUCUUGUAAAGGUACCAAAACUUUAAACAUUAGUGCAGAAUUAAAUGUUAAGAUAAAUUUCAGCAAUAACCGCUAAUUCCAUGUUGUAAUUUUGCAAUAUAAAUGUUAUAAUACAAUCACGACUUGGAUGCAAAUUUGAUUUGGAUCUAAUUUGGCACAUGAAUGAAAACAGCAUUAUUAAAUACAUAUUUUUAACAAGUAUAUAAUUCACAUUGGGCUUUAGUCGAUUAUAAAGAUUACAAGAAGGCUCAAAACUUUAUUUUAGAAGUCACACCGUCUUGCAAAUUAUCUGAAUCCAAAUGAAAGUUACACUGACAUGUAUGCACAAUUUUCAAAUACUGUAAUUUUGAAGAUGCUUACAUGUUUAUUCAUAAUUUAUCUAUAUUACAAGUGUCAUUUGUGAAGUUGCUGUUCUCUGACUAAUUUUAAUAAAAUAUAUAUCCACA